GAACGUCUGCUUCGCUGGUUGCCAAGUGACGAGAAGAAAGAGCGCGCGAGAUAGAAAGCAAUUGAGAGGGAGGGCCGCGCGCGUUGCUAGUUCUCCGAUGCUGCACUUCUUGGCACUUUAAUUUGCUUUCCCUUCGCGAAUGAAGCAAAGACUGGUACAUGGGCAUUGUGAUUAUUUCCUGAUUUGGUGAAAACACCUUGAAAUAAAGUACAGUGGUACCUCGGCUCACGAACGCCUUGGUUCACGAACAGAUCAGGUGAACAUGGAGCCUACUUUUCAACAAAUGUUCUUAAAACAAGUUACAGUAGAAGGCAACAAGCUCCUGAUAUAGAACAGCAAUAGCUAUAGCACAGGAGGCAACAUUCAAGUAUCAUAGUUAUAAAAGGCUGUUAAGAAGAGAGAGAAUCACCUUUGGACUACUUCAGAUGACUGUCUUUCUCUCAGAAAUGCAUGUUUGGUCAUUGAAGACCACCUUAUGUGUAGAAGACAAAGACAUUGGGAUCUAUCAUUAUUAUGACAAGAAGGAACCAGAUACACAAGUGAACUUUGGCUACUUAUGUCAGAAGCAGCAGUUAGCAGAAUCUCGAGAUUAUCCUUGGGUACUUAAGAACAAACGUCCAGAAAAGCUGCGUGACACACUUAAGGAGUUGGAGGAACUCAUGCAAAACAGUCAGUGUGUGUUGAGCAGAUGGAAGAACAAAUAUGUCUGUCAGCUACUCUUUCAUUCAGGUGUACUGGUAUCCCUAAGCCUUUCUGGGCCACAGCUGGAGCGAGUGGUGAUUGACAGAACCCUGAUGGGGAAGCUCAUCUCCAACACUAUCAGUGAUGCUGUUCUCACAGAUAGUUUCAUGAUCUUGUCAUUUUCGGAGCAAAGCAAACUCUGUUUCAUUCAGUUCACAAAGACGACAAGUUCACCUGAUGUAAACAAAAAGCUUGAAAAACUCUCAGCCUUAGAUUUUAAGAUAUCAUAUGUUGACAUACCAGGACUUGGAAAACGAACAAAAUAUCAUCUGGCAAUAAAUUGCAUUCAGGAUAUGGUUAUUUGCUGGUGGUCAGUGUCAAAGGAUGAAGUAUGGCCUUGGUCUCCUGUUUCCGGUGAAAGGAAGAGGGCCAACUUACUGCUCCUGAGAUGUGAAUUUGGCAAAUUGGAGGUUUUAAGUUAUGUACGCACAGAUGGGGAUCCACUUGAUGCUGGCUUUAGUUUGUAUCAGCCUUAUCAGAUUCAAACAGUAGAACGCUCUUUGAGUGCGGACCAAGAGCCCAUGGUGGACAGCUGCAUCUAUGAAUGCAUUAGGAACAAAGUUCAGUGUGUGGCAGUUACCAAAAUACCACUAACAUCAAAGGCCAUCAGCUGCUGCAGGAACAUUACAGAAGAUAAACUUGUCUUGGGAUGUGAAGAUUCUUCAAUAGUUCUAUAUGAAGUCUACCGUCAAAUAACUCUACUAGGACAAGCAGAACUAUUGCCCACCUUAAUGUGUUGUCACCCCAGCGGAGCCAUAAUCCUGGUUGGUAGUUCACAAGGAGAGCUACAACUGUUUGACAUGGCACUCUCUCCAAUUAAAAUCCAGCUAUUAGCUGAAGACAUUUCACUCAAAUCAACGCUACAAUUCAGUGAAAAAAUUGAUGUAUCCAGCAGUCUCACUCAGAUCCAGUGGACUGUCCCUCUGGCUACAUAUCAAAGCAUGGAUGAUACAGGUAUCCAUGAUCUUCUGUUAUUUAUGUUUGACAAAGGACCUAUUGGAAUACUUCAUUUUAAAAUGGGUGUCAUCCCAAGAGGACAGCUUGGCCUUGUGGAAAUCAUCCAGGAGUAUAUUCAUCAGGACGAGAUGUAUGAGGCAAUUAAUAUACUGUGUGGCAUGAACUGGAACACAAUGGGUCAUCAAUGCUAUGUAAGCCUAAGUGCCAUAGUAAAUUACCUUCUCAAACAAAAGCUGACACCUGCAAGAGAAGCACAGCUUGAGGCGAGCCUUGGAACCUUCUAUGCACCAACAAGACCUCUCUCUGAGACAACCAUCUUGGAAUACAGGGACCAGAUCAGCAGAUAUGCAAGAAGGUUCUUCCACCACCUGCUCAGGCAUCAAAGAUUUGAAAAGGCCUUUCUGCUUGCUGUUGAUAUAGGUGCCCGUGACUUAUUUAUGGACAUCCAUUACUUUGCACUAGAUAAGGGUGAAUUGGCACUAGCUGAAGUGGCAAAGAAAAAAGCUAGCGACAUUGACACAGAAUCAAUAACUACUGGAGUUGGGAUUCUUGGACAAUUAGACAAAGAAGAUGGUUUAAGUGAAAUUUUUGUGGACCUGACCAUGUUGCCACAAGAACAGGAAGGUCAAGGCAGUUUCCCGUCUUCCAACAAAAAUGUUCCAUGUUUCACACACAAGACAUGCAAGAACUCUCCCAGGGACAUGGACAAAAGGGAAUGUCAGUUUGUAACAGAGAUUAACACUGCAGCACAGAUGGAUAAACCUCCCUCUUGGUUUCAGGCAGACACUUCUGAGCAAGUCCAUGAUGGACAGAAAAUCAGUGGAAGCAGCUCUGUCAAAGUGGUUCAUUUUGGUCUAGUAUAAACCAGAAAUCUUACUCUUGAAAGAGAGCAAAGGCCUUUCACACCUGUCAUGAGCCACGCAAGAACUUCUCAACUUCCUUGGAAUCAGUCAGUUCUGAAAUCAUUUGCAAGUAUUUCAUUAGAAAAUGUUAAGCACCAAUUAUUUCUAUGGAAGAAAGUUAAGAAAUGGGAUUUAAAUAUACCCAUCUUUGAACAAAUCUGUCCAUUAUUUUUAAGCAUGACCCAGUUCUGAAACCUAUUCACACUAUUCAUAGGAUUUCAUCCUUGCUCCCCAGCACAUUCCACAGGAAAGCACUGGCGCUUUCCUUUGAUUAGUGGCAUGUGGCCACUAUCCACAGAGCCAUUUCGCAUUAGCAUUACAUAUUAAGGAUAGAACACCAAUUCAGCUUCCAAAUGGCACACAUCUUUAAGGCCCUUUUAAAUUCACUGAGGUUACACAACAAUGCUUGUUAAAGCAUACCUUAAAGAGGCUAUAAAAAUUUUGAGGUGUGUUUUAUUGGCUAAUGAAUAAAUCUGACCCUUGACUACAUUUCAGUUGUUAUUCAUCAUGUUCUUGUAUUUCUUUCUAUUUUUUAUUUGCAUGUUGGCUUUUCAGCAGUUUUUGGCUAAAGCAGACCACCUCUAAAAGACUACUAUUUAUAAGAUAGAAGCAUAAGAAAUUAGUUUCCUUUUAUGAUCAGCAUGGAGAAGGAGCAGAGCAAGACAACAUCAUUUGUCCUCUCACCCUCCCUCUCUCUCUCUCACACACGUGCAUGCACAUACAAAACCCUUUGGAAAAAAUGGGCCUCAGCUUAGCUUUAUUAUAAAGAAGUCCCAAUCAAGCAAUCACAUAGCCAAAGUGCUGAAUAUAAUAAAAAGGCGACUUGCAUGAGGAAUCGUGGGACAUGGAUCCAGGAAUGGUAUCCUAAACAUCUGUCAAGAGGGUGACAUUAUACAUUUUAGCUAAAACUUUGUUCAAUGUCCACAAAGCCUCUAUUUUUUAAGGGGCUUUUAUCAUGCUUAUCCUUUAUCGACAAGCAUGUUUGCUUAUGUUAGAAAAUACAAUAUGCAAAAGCUGUUUCACAUACAAAACAGCCCUGUCCAGCAGUUACCUGCAGAUUUAUGAAGGCAACAAGCAAACAGGAAGUUCAAAGAGCAGGUGGGGAUCCCAGAAAAUGCAUUAUUUUUAUUUUUAUCUAUUUUUUAUUUAAUUGGUUUGUAUCUUUUGUGAGUCUCUCAAGACUCUGUUAGGGUAAAUGAGUAGAAAAGACUCAUGCCGAAAUGAAAGUGGACUUCAGCUUCUCAUCUUUACAUGGCCUGGACGUUCAUCAACUUCACCGUCUUCACAAUCCUUAGGCCAUAGCCACUGUGGCAGACCAGCAAAGGUGAUGACAUCAUCAGAGGAACAGCACAAAGAUAUCCUGAAGAAGUAGACCAUCCACAAAUACUGAGGGAUCCCUCUUUUGCUGCUUUACAUCUUCAAGUAAUACAAGCAAAAAUGUAACACAUAGGAUUCUUUUAACUGCUGCAGGACCUAAACAGCUCAGAAUUUUCUAUUCUUCCCCAUAGUGUAUGAUGGCAGAUGUAAACGUCUACAGAAGGCUCUGUAAUAGAUACGGCAAUCAUAUUCUAAUAGAUAAUAUCUUCACCCAGAUUAUGUUUGCAAAAGAUCUAGCAGUCAGUACAAUGUUUUGAAGAAAAAAAUUCUCUCAAUUUUCCACUCUACCCCAUCAGUUUAGCUGAAUAACCAACAUUUUGCCUUUAACAAAAUCUAAGCUUCUAAAGAAUAUUUUGCUUUUCCAGGGAUUGACAGAAAAGGGACCUAAGAAAAUAUUGUCCUGUAUUUGUCAUACUUGUGUAUGUGCACUGUCAUAUUAGGAAUGGCUUUCCCCUGUAUGAUUUAAUAUAUCUUUGUCCAUGUAGACAUUAAUAAUAUUAAAUUUAUUCUUGGUCACCCAGUUUAAAAAUCAAAAUU